CAGAUUCCAGGCAGAGCCUCCUCCUAUUCACCUCGCCUGCCUAUCACGACGACGACACCUCGUUUCCUGCUUCCUGUGGCUCAGUAAAUAAGCUUUUUACUCUUGGCGUUCGCAGAUAUAUUGCGGACGUAUUCUUGCUUGACUGCACGUCCCAUUCUUUGCCCCCGAAGGGCCCCACCCACCGAACACUACUUGCUUAUCCAGUCUGAAGAUACACGCCACACUCGAUAUUCAUGUCAACCCCUUCGCCACUUUCAACUGCUACGGCUGUAACGACAAAACCUCAAAAAUACACAAUCGUCGUGCGGGAUGAGGAGUUCACACUGCGCAAGAGUCAGCUCGAAUUCGACGCACCAAACUACUUCACCGCAAUCUUCUUCGGCUCAUUCUCCGAAUCAGGCAGCACAACAAUCUACGUCGACCGCAACCCCGACCUCUUCGCAAUCAUCCUCGAAUACCUAAGCGGAUACACAAUCCUCCCACUCGCCGAACGUGCUCUACCACGUACGAUGGACAUGCGAACCGCACUCCGUAACCUCGCUGAAGACGCAGCGUUCUACGGACUUUCUCGGUUACACGCGCAAUUGACGACUCCACGUCAACCGGGUAUUGAUUUUGCUUGGACGGGAUUUUCGGGACGUGUUGUGAGGUUUGAAGAUGUUUUGCAGGGGAAUUUCCCUGAGAGUGUGAGUUAUACGACUUCGGGACUUUGUUCGUUUGAUUGUGGGUCUGUGAAACCUGUUAUUAUUUAUGCGAGGAACUUGGCACUUAAACUAGUCGGCAACCUCGACCUAGACAAAUCCGGCCGCCCAGACCCAACAGACACAACAGCCUCCUACCGUCUCUCUCUCCCCCCAUCAACAAAACACCAACUCGAACGUCAACCCUACUCCGCGUUCGAGUUUUGUGAUUCUGACCCAAACGGCUUGAUCGUCUCGGUCUUACCUGAUUCUCGACUUCAUAUCGACGGGACUCGAUUACGGUUUGAACAUUUCGCAUAUUGGUGGAGGAUGAGGAGGGUACCGGCGUUUGUUGGUGUUGGAGCCCGCACAGACGACGAUGAACGGGAAGCGGAGCGGGUGUUUGACCGUGCGUUCCCUGAACCGUUUGACGAAUCGCUACCUAUACAAAUAUCUGGACCUGCUGCUGCUUCUUCUUCUUCUUCUUCUUCCUCUGCAAGAGGUGAGAGAGGAGAGAGAGGGGAUUGGUACUGGUCAACGCAGAAUGAAUUUACGUUAUGGGGAGAUGAGUUAUUGUUUAUCAUCACUGCUAGAGGUUUCAUUGCUGGUACGUUACAGUUACAUGUGAAGUUGCUUGAUGUUAGGGCUAGGACGAGAGCUGGGAUCGUGGAGGGGUUGAGGCCUUUGGUUAGUUUGGGUGAUUUGUCUGGUUUUGAGUCGUUUGAUUCUGUUUCUUCUGUUUCUGAUAUGGAUACCAAUACCAAUACCUAUACCAAUACCAAUACCCGAUGUGUAUCAUAG